AAUGUGCUUCUCUGCGCGCCAGUCAUCGUCCCCCGCCACAGCGCCUUUAUUUCCCAAUAUUUCUGUUUGGUUCCUGAGAAGAAGACGCAGCGAAAGGCAGAAAUCAGCAAAUCGCUAUUACAACGGUGAAAAAGGAAAAAAAAAUAAGAAUAAGAAUAAAAGAACCCCUCAUUUUGUCGGUUUGCUUUUAAUUACUUUAUAGCACGAAAUUCAAAGAAAGAAAGCUUUCUUCACUUCACGAGUAUCACACGAUCGCAUUUUCAUUUCUCUCUGGCAAACCCUAAUCUACACGUUAAUUCAGUUUGCUUCACAGAUCUGCUCUUAUUCGGUGUUGUGAUCCUUCUCACCGACAAACUUACUCUCUUUUCAGAACUCAGAAGCUAUGGAUGAUAGUUGUGCUGUCUGUGCUGAGACACUCAAGUGGGUUGCUUAUGGACCAUGUGGCCAUCGGGAGGUCUGCUCAACUUGCACAAUCCGUCUCCGUUUCAUCUGCAACGAUCAAUGUUGCUGCAUCUGCAAAUCUGAAUCCAGUAUCAUCUUUGUCACCAAGGCUCUCGGUGAUUACACAAGGAUGGUAAAUGAUUUCUCUGCUUUCCCAGCCAAUCCAAUUGAAGGCCAAGUUGGGCAGUACUGGUUUCAUGAAGGUGCACGAGCAUAUUUUGAUGAUCUGGAUCACUACAAAAUGAUAAAGGCCAUGUGCAGGCUAUCAUGCAAUGUUUGUGACAGAAAGAAUGAACCAAAAAGCAGAAGAUCAAAAAGAACAGGAGAUUUUAAUUGCAUUGAGCAGCUGAAGAUUCAUUUGUUCCACCAGCAUAGACUGUUUAUGUGCAGUCUUUGUUUAGAAGGCAGGAAGAUAUUUAUAAGUGAGCAAAAGUUAUACAAUAGAGCACAGUUGAAUCAACAUGUGAAGACUGGUGACUCGGUGGUUGAUGGCAGUGAAAGUGAAAGAGGUGGAUUUAUGGGCCAUCCUAUGUGUGAAUUCUGUCAGAACCCAUCCUAUGGGGAUAAUGAGCUUUACUUGCACAUGUCCACUGAGCAUUUUACGUGCCAUAUAUGCCAAAACUAUCUUGUUCAAUGCAGGCAGCAUCCAGGACGAUAUGAGUACUUUAAUGAUUACGAUGAUUUGGAGAUACACUUUCGCCAAGGACAUUUUUUAUGUGAAGAUGAAGCCUGUCUUGCGAAAAAGUUCAUUGUUUUUGCAGCUGAAUCCGAAAUGAAGAGGCAUGAUGCCAUGGAACAUGGAGGGCGCAUGUCUCGUGCUAAGCGUAAUGCUGCACUGCUGAUACCAACAAGUUUCCAGUAUCGGCAAAGUUGUGAACAUGAUGAUGGAAAUCAUCCCCGCUCAUCAGACAUUCAACUUUCCAUGGCAGAAGAUAGUCGUGAGACAUUUAAUGCUGUUAGGUUUCAUGACAUUUCCUUGAAUGCCCAAACAAGUCACAGAGAAACAAGUGAAAUUAAGUCAACUGUUAACCCAUUUGAGCCAUUAGCUGGUACCGACUCUGAGCCAUCUUCAAGUUAUUGUCUGGUUUUAGGGCAUAACUCUACAAGGACCCUGCUGGAAGAAUCAUCCUUUCCCCCACUUCCAAUGGCUCCAAGAAUCAGUGUGCAAAGAUCAAGAAAUGCUAUGAAUGGGUUAAGUGGGAACACAAUGGCUGCUCACCUGCGUCACCAGAACACUGUAGAAGUUCUUAAUUGUUCUCGGGCUUCACCAGCAGCAAGUCAUUACCCUAGCUCUUCAGGUAGCAUUUCUUACCACUCGAGGCCUGUGUUGGAUUCUGGGCUUUUAUCAUCAUCUAGUUCUCAAAGUUCUUCCCAGAGUAAACCGGCAGCUACUAAUGAAUACGCACUAUCUGGUCAUGAAAGCUCUAUUCAGUCUGGACCAUCAGCUGCCAAUGACCUAGUUUUGUCUUCAAGUUUUGCAAGUUCGUCAAGGACUCAAAGUAGCACUAGCAAGGUCUAUUGUUCUUCUUCAGCUCAAAACCUUGUAGACAGAGAAACUCAUGACAAAUCCUUUUCCGACCCUCAAGUUGACAAAUUGACCACAAGUAGCAAGCUCCUGCUGAAAGCUGAAAAUGUUGAAUCUGCUAAUAAGGCUCUGGUGGAAAAAAUUCGUGCUGCAUUAGAUUUUGAUCGGGACAAAUACGCUGCAUUUAAAGUAAUAUCUGUGGAGUAUCGACAGGAUUUAAUUGAUACUGGGGAAUAUCUUGCCUAUGUGCAUCAAUUUGGCUUGUCACAUUUGGUUCUGGAGCUAGCUAUGCUUUGUCCCAAUGCUCAGAAACAAAGAGAGCUUGUUGAGAUUUACAAGUAUAAUACAAGGAGGAAUGGUUCUAAUGAAAAUGGUUUAAGCAUUGUCAAUGAUCAUUCCAAAAGUAAGAAAAGUUCAAAGAAAGGUAAAGAGAAAUGUGAAGAUAAUGGGAUCUAUCUUCCAGAAAAUGCUCUGGCAGAAAAUGGUACUAGUGCUAGUGAGAUGAUGAACUUGCAGUUAAACCAUAAACCUUCAUUGGAUGAAGCAAAGAUCUCAUCAAAGGUUGUAUGUCACUCUGGGAAAGGCAAAUCAAAGAUUUUGGUUGAGGAACAACAGAGCCUAAAUUCUUUAAUAGAGCCGAGGAACAAUAAUGAUACUCAGUCAGGUAGUGGUUGCCCAGAGAAGAAUGUGGGGGCUCGGGGAGGGAACAAAUCCCAUAAAAAAAUGUCAAAGUUCCUUAAAAACCGACUUGGUGAUAUAUCAGCUGCUCAACUUCUAGAUAAAGACAAUCCUGGUGCUGGACCUGACGGGAAUGAUGAAAAAACAUGUUGGAAGAAGAACCCACCUGAAAUGUUGCCAAUUCACGGAGUUUGGCACAAUGGUGGAGGCCGGAGACUUGUGGUGAUGACCCAGAGAAGACCAAAAAAGGUGAUGACGUAGAGAGGCUGCAAGGAAGUGCCAGUUUGUAGGAACAGAACACCUGUUGGCAAACUUGAUUAUAGUAUCUUUUUGUACUUUUUUCGACAUAUGUUGUAGGUAUGCAUUAUAUGACGCUUCCUACUUAAGACUGACAAGGAACUAGGUUGUUAUUGUAUAUAUUUUUAAAUGUAAGUGGAGAUCGAUGACAAUUUCACAUUUACAUUUCUUGACUUCAUGUUUCUUUUGCUUAAUGUAAAAUUGCCUCAUCUGUGUAAUGUAAAAUUUUUUAAUAAUUUUAUACAA